AUGCAACCACAGGACCUGCACGACAGCAUGAAUGUGGUCAUGGAUCACUCUUCGAUCGUCCCAACCUUAUCAAGAUCCUUUAUGGCCCAAGCGUUUGUUGCCAAGAAAAAGGAGAAAGAGAAAUCGCGAGGGCAAACUGAAGGCACUCUUCAGAUACCCUUCUCGUCCCAAGGGCAGCGAAAGCGAAAGAGAAGGCAUGCAGCUGACCAGAACGGAUCAGAGGAUUCCUUAUUGGUAGAAAAUGACAAAGAAAAAGGAAUCGCAGAAGAAGCUUGCUUCGUAGUAAAAGAUUGCAAACAUGGUGUUGGAAUGUUCGCCACUCGGGACAUUUCCUGUGGCAGUUUGAUUAUUCCCUUCGAAGAGCCCUUGGUGUCCACUUCCAGCCCCAACAAAGACAAGCUUUUCUGCAACCAUUGCGCCGCUCCGCUGGGGACACUCAGAGAUCAUCUUACGAUGAGUGCAUCCACUGAAAAAAUCCCGAUCCUUCAGGAUGAUCCAGGCGCCUGCUUUUCGGAUGCAAGAAUCGAGUGCAAGGGUUGCCACCAAGUGGCCUGGUGCAGCCCACAAUGUGCGGACAGGGGACGUUCUCGGCAUGAGCUGUUCUUGUGUAAAGAAAGAACCAGUGACAGUAGUGAUAGUACUCCUUUGGAGUCAUUCUAUGGCAGGGUCGACAACGCGGCCAUUUUCCAGCUCGCAACCAUUGCCGUGGCACUUCUUUUGAGCACUGCCACGAAGAUCCACCUCGACAAUCCACAGAACGAAACACAACCGAGAAAGCAACAACAUAAACAACCUCUGAACGAUGAAAAGUCCAAGGAAAGAAAUCUGACAUUGGUGGAUAGUCUUACCUUCUGGAAAGACUUUGGUGCACAUCCGCCAUGGUGGGAAAUUGAAGACGAAAAGAGAGAUUCGAGGUACCAGCAAUGUCAAGAAUACGUGUCCUUGCUCAGAUCUUGUAUACAGACUGAACUGGAUCCAAAAAUGAACGAGCAAAAUGUGCAAAUCGUCCGUGAGGUCCUCGACAAACUCUGCCCCGCAGACAACAACAUCAACAACAUAGGGGAGCUGUUGGGAAUGCUUCAAUGCAAUGUCAUGCAAUUCGAAUACCCCUCGCCAGCGGGACAAUAUUUAGAUCACCUGGAUUAUUUAUGUGAAGACAAUGAGGGUGAGAGCGGCAAGGAGGCCACAGCCAGCCAUGUCGAACAACAAAGUAAUAACGGCGACGUGUGUUGGUUCGAGGAAAACGUCCUACCUUUGUUGAAGGGAAAAGACAGCUCCAUCACUGGUUCGGGACUCUUUCCCUUGUUGACCCUGGCCAACCAUGCUUGCGAUCCCAAUGCAUCCAUAGAUUUCCUACAAGAGUCCAAUGUUGGGAGCAUGGUGGCUCUGAGGGACAUUGCUGCUGGAGAGGAAAUAUGUAUUACCUACGUGCCCAAUGGCGAUCUAGACGCAGGAGGAAGCAGCGAACGUUUUCAACACCACACACCUACCCGAACGUGGAAGUGGUUGAACCACAAAGACUGCAACAGCGAUGACGACAAUUUGCAAGAACAGGCCGAAAAUUCCACUUGUGCAAGCCACGAGGAGGAAGUGGAGGUGUUGGAGGGCAGUGAAGCCUCUAGUGCCACCUGUGAAGGCAACGACGACCAAGUUGCAAUGGCUGUGGAGGAGGGAGCGGAUCCAAAGGCCCGAUCCAUCGCUCUAUUUGCGUACGGCUUUGAUUGUUCCUGCGCUCGUUGCACGUGGGAAAAAGUCCACCCAAACAGACCUUACGAACGGGACAUGCGACCCAAGAAACGGCCAUGA